AUGUGCACGUCGGCUACAAUAUGGUGCCUGCUGUCGCUGAUGCUGCUUGACAUUACGAGUACCAUAGACAUUAAGGGAUUCUGCCACAACGAGUCGCAUGACUGCGAGUGUGGCCCCGACGGCAAGAUGAUAAACGUGAGAGUUUCUGGGUGCAGCUACGUCAGGCGCUUCGAAUUCCGGUGUCGGCCCUGCGAGGGCCACAAGAGAGAAAACACUUGCCCAAACUACGCGCUCUGCAAGACCUGUGCUCAGGGCCUGGAUGCCUGCGAGACCUGUCCCUGGGGGAGGUACGGCCGCUGGUGCACUUCGACAUGUUCCUGCCAGAACGGCGCCAAUUGCGAUAAGGACACGGGCGAGUGCCGGUGUCUGCCGGGUUUCUCGGGCACCUACUGCGAACUCAGAGACGGCUGCGAGCCACCAGCGCACCCGGAAGGCAUCCUAGUAGUCACCAUGGUUCCUGCGCAUCUACCAAAGAUCAUCCACUACAACUGCCCCGCGGGUUUUAAGAGGAUCGGCGCCGGUACCCUCAACUGCCAGAACGACGGCUCCUGGAACGGCAUUCCUCCUUACUGCGAGAGACAAGUCCCGUGUGCACCGCUGCCGGACGUCCCGCUCAGUUUGCCGCAGGUGCAUCAUGCCGGUGCCGGAGUUCGGGACAUCCACCACAACGGCACGAUCGUGAACUACGCGUGCGCGUCCGGAUACGAACUCGUUGGCGCAAAGUCCCUGGAAUGCCGCCAGGACGGCACGUGGUCCGCCGAUGUCCCUCUCUGUCUCCAUGUUUCAGAGAGGGAGGUUACCUGCUCCACCAAAGCCAACCAGAUCUUGGACGAGUAUAAGGACACCCCAGUCAGGGUCCGCUGUCCUCCGGGCUGCGGACUGGUACCGGGUCCCGUGGUGGGGACGCAUCAGUACCACAUGGUGUCGGCGCUGUGCCGCUCCGCCGUGCACGCCGGUCGCGUUAACAACGCCGGCGGCGCCGUCCAUCUUCAGGCCGCCGGCGCCUACGCGGACUUCCUGCCGUCCACGGCUCAUGGCGUGUCCUCUUCCAACUUUUCCAAUUUGGGUACCAGUUUCAAGUUUGUCACGGUGGACGAUUCUCAGUGGCGGAUACCAGAAGAAGGCUGUCCCCAAACAUGGAUGGACGCUGGAAGUGCUUGCCUUUACGCUGCUCAGCGGAGCCGGCCCUACGACGCUAGUCGCAACCUCUGCAGAAACCUUGGGGCUGAGGUUCCCGCCACCCGCAACGACGACAAUGCCACGAUGGCCCUGCUCUCAGAAUUCCUCGGAGCCAAGGGUAUCGGUGCCACCUGGCUCUCAGACCGCGAAUUCCAGUCAUAUGGCGUGGACUUGAGGAGCAACCGGAGCUUGCCGUCCAAUGACUCCUGCAUCUCUCUCAACGCCCAGAAUACCAAAAAUCCCCAGGUGGUCAUGCAGCCUUGCUCGCAAAGCCUGCCCGUUGUCUGCUCGGCGCUCAAGACCUUGAAGCUUGUUCAGUGCGAAGAUCCUGGUUCCAUCAAAGACGGUUCGGCCCUUGUCGAGAAGUCAGGGUCUUACGGAAGUUUCCUGGAGGGCAGCAGGAUCGUGUACUCCUGCAAAGAACUCCGCUACCUGAGUGGGCAGGCGACCAUCACCUGCACUUCGAACGGGACGUGGAGCGCCGAGAAACCCCGUUGCAUCCCCGUGGUCACGUGCGAGGAACCGGGCCUUCCGGAUCAUGGCACCAUUCGGUUCCUGCCUCCCAUUCGCGGUGGCGAUCCAAGGAGAGGUCCCGUGAGAGGAAAAAGCCGGGCGGGCAGCGGGCUGGUGCGGCUGCAGCGUCCGCUGAGCCUGAGCUCGACAAUGUACGACAAUGCGGACAGCGAGGAGCAAGGCGCUUCGGCUGUGGUGCUGCCUCCGGGUCACUACCGCGUCGGCUCCCGCGCGGAGUACGGCUGCCUGCCCCAGUACGAGAUGACGGGCUCGUCCGUGCGCCGGUGCCUCUCCUCGGGCGAGUGGAGCGGCGUACCGACCACAUGCAUUCCGGUGUGUGGCCGAUCGGAUUCGCCCAGAAGCCCGCUCAUUUGGAACGGCAACGCAUCCGACCUGGGCCAAUGGCCGUGGCAAGCCGCCAUCAGCGUCCGGAAUGUGGGAAGCGACGACGACGCCAAGGAGGACGCAAAGAAGGACGAGUGGGUGCUCAACUGUGGCGGCAGUCUUCUCUCCGAAAGCUGGGUGCUGACCGCGGCCCACUGCGUCACCUACGAGUCUUCGCGCACGGUCAUCCCUAGGGACAUUCUGCGGGUGGCCAUGGGAAAGCACUACCGGCAGAACGACAAGGACGACCAGCACGUUCAAGUCAGACAGGUACGGGAGAUACACGUGAACUUCGACUACGAUCCCAACUCGUUCGAGAAUGACAUCGCGCUGCUGCAGCUGGAGGAGCCGGUCGAACUGAGCCCCAGAGUUCGUCCCGUGUGCCUGCCGUCGGACCGCUCGGCCCGGGUCCAUCUACAGGAAGGCGCGCUGGGCGUGGUGACCGGGUGGGGCCUGACAGAGACUGGCGAGUACGCGGGGGUCCUGAGCGAGGCCGUGCUACCCGUUGUUCAGAACGAGAAAUGCCAGAAGGCGUACGAGACGGCGGGCCUCCCGCUCACCAUCAGCGAGGCUAUGUUCUGCGCGGGACAUGCCAACGGGACGUCGGAUGCCUGCAGCGGCGACUCCGGCGGACCCAUGGUCUUCGUCGACGACACCGUUACGACGGAGAGGCGAUGGAUUCUGGAAGGCGUAGUCAGCUGGGGCAGUCCCACGGGGUGUGCCGUGGCCAACCAGUACGGAGGCUUCACCAGGGUCCACUCUUUCCUCAACUGGAUACGCCAGUUCGUCUGAGUUCAUCUCUCAUUGUGCAGUCCCAGCUCCGCACCUCCGGCCAAGGAAUUUGGAUAACAUCGGGUUGGUGCCGUGUUUUGGCUGCGACUGCCUAGAAUGCACCAUAUCAUUAGAAUCUUGAAACGGCUGAAGUAAUUAUGCGUUGUAGAAGAGUCAUGACACUAUGAUUUUCAAGUGUAUCUGGU